CAAAGUACACGUAAUGUAUUUGCAUUUUUAUACGCACUUUUUAAGUGUAGCUAUAUUUGUGAAUAAAGAAAUAAUCCAGAAAAAAUAUUUAUUAAUCCCUUUAAAUUUAUAUGGAAACACGCAAUAAAAAAUAAUACUAAUGUCACGCAUGAAAUAAUCUCAGAAUUAAUUAAGCAAUUAAUAUGAUAAUAUUAUAGUGUGUAUUCAGUUUUCGAUAUUUAAUUUGUCAUACGUUACGAUUUGAAUAACGGUCAGGCGUAAAUAAAAAUAUUUUAUAAAAAUAAAUCAAUUCCAAGAUUUAAAAAUCUUGAUAGUACCGACCGAUAAUAGACUUGAUAGUAUUGACCGUAGUAUCUGAAACAUUAAUUAUCCUCUGAAAUCAAACAAUUUUUUUUUUAAUAAAUACUGAUGUCCAUAAAAUUACGCCCCGUAAUCUGUUACAUUGACACGCGCCAAUGUUUCGCCAGCUUUGUUAAGUCCAAUGUAAUGGAGGGCGUGCUGACUGCCGUUUUCUGAACACAUUUCCAAACUCCGGGCUGACACUGAGUAGAAAAAUCCAAUAUCACUUUGUUAAACUCAGGAUUCAAACCUAAGACCUUAGCGCGAUAAUCUUAUCGUGAAGCAAUACGACGCCACUGAAGCAGGCCAUAAGAAUUUUAAGACUUACUUUUUUGAACGAAAUCAAUAAUAUUUAUUAACUUAAUAUAUUUUACGUCCUUCAUAAUGAAAUAAGAACUGCAAAUAACGAAAGUAAUGUUUGAGGUACAAUAGUACUGUUUUAUUUACAAUAUAACUAUAUAUCAAAGUAUUUGUGCUAGAUACCCUUAAUUUUCGGUCAUUAGUAAUCGAAAUUCAUAAAAACAAAACUAACUCCCAUAAUUAUGGAACGGAAAAACAAACAAGAUGUCCUUUAUAAGUCACGUCAACCAAUAUUAAGUACCAGAGCAUUUGUAGCUACGUAACAUCAUUAACGACGGCAAAAACGAUGCUUUCGAAAUUAUUUGUACUCCUAAAAUUUGUCGAAUUUAUUUACGCGGAUACUUUAAGUGAUACUGCAGCAUUCCUUGCAAGUUCAACAUACAAACUCCAGUACGUGACUUCGGUAGUAUGGUCAAGCCGGCGGUCGGAGGAUGCAACAGAUUUCUUGAAACGUUUUCACGGCUGUGUGGUAACAAAUGAAAUACACAACAAUAACAAUCUCACAACACGUCUGUUAAAUAAGGCCGUCGGAUAUAAACAAACAGUUCUAUUCGUUGAUUCCGUGGAAGAAUUUGCUUAUUUCAUAAAUUCAGUUAAUCUGGAUUUAGUUAUACCCAUACAGCUGGUGUUGGUUUUAACUACGUUUGUUGAAGAUCUUUCGGGGGUAACUCGUACGGCUUGGCAGAAUGAUGUCGCUGAUAUCAUUAUUGUAAAUCAAAAUUUUGAUGGUGAUAUAUCAUUGACAACGUUUUUUCCUUAUGGAAAAGGAAUAUGUGGCGACUACAGUCCUGUCGUUUUAAAAAUAGAUGCUGAAGCCUUUUUUCCUAAUAAAUUUGAUAAUUUCUAUGGAUGUCCAAUAAGAACUGCGCUCAUGAAUUUUGCACCUUAUUUGAAGGUAGAUAUGAAGAAUGGAACCCUCAAUUCAAUUGUUGGAAUUGAUGGAAGAAUUUUUUUGUACGUAAUGGAAGCACUGAAUGCUACUAUAGAUGUCGUAUCGAUAGAAGAUCAUGACGGAAUGGGCUCAUUUAUAAAUGGCACUCCGAAAGGCUGCUUUGGUGACCUGGUAAACAAAGAAGCUGAUAUAAUUGCACCUGCUGCUGUCAUGAAUUAUGAAAGAUACAGCCGGGCACAAAUAUCACAUGUUUACGAUACCUUAGACGUGCAUUGGUGUGCACCAAGUAGACGCAUCAUAUUCACCUGGGCUAAAGUCCUUCUCCCACUUUUAGACUACAUCACAAUCUACAUGUUUAUAACAUUCGCUGUCUUUGUGACUGUUACUGCGAUGGCAACACGAUACGGAAUGCGACGAGUUAGGAUCAAAGAUAGCAUAAUUUUUCAAACGUACGUAAUUUUAAUAGGUCAAAUUCAGAAGUUUGAAACAGAAUCAUAUAUCGUAAAUUAUCUCUUCGUACUAUGGCUUUGGUUUUGUAUUGUGUUUCGUAUAGCGUAUCAGGGUGAUCUUAUCCAAGGGAUGCACCGUACAAUUCAAGAACCUGCCUUAGGCACGUUAGAAAAUGCUUUAAAGUAUGUAGAUGGAUACGGUGGUCUUGAAGUAUUUUAUAACUAUUAUAGAGACACACCUCUAGCAGCAAACUUUCAAAUAUUGGAGGUACAUGAUAUAGGUCCAUAUAUUGAAGCCAUUGCAGCAGGUAAGAAAUUCCUUAUCCUUACAGAUAUAUUAUUAGUACAAGAAUUUGAUGUGAAGAUUCAAAUUUUAGACGAGCCUGUAUCGCGAGCUGUAACAUGUAUAUUCAUGCGGCCAGGUUGGCCAGCCGCUAAAGAAGUAGAUCUGCUCAUGCAAUAUAUCAUAGAAGUUGGACUAACAGAGAAAGCCUUGAAAGAUUACAACUAUGAAUGGAAAAGAACCCGUGAACUAAGAAAAGAGGAAUAUGUUCAUCAGUCUCUUGACUUUUUAACGCUAAGCGCUUGCUUUUACGGUCUCGUUCUGAUGUGGAUGAUAUCAUCAAUAAUUUUUAUCAUCGAAAAAACAUAUUAUGAUGAUAUUAAACAGAAACAGAGCAAUGACAGAUCAUCUAGAUUCUAGAAUAUACAACUAUUCUACUGCCAAUAUACAUAUAAUAUGUACCACAUUAAUGGAUUAAACUAAUAUUGGUAAUGAUAUAUUAAUGAGGCUUUAUUUGGAAGUUUCUGUGAAUUUAGUUGGGAAUGUAAUUUGUAUACGUUUGAUUGGGUUAAUGGUAACAGAAAUAGUCGGCGUUAGGAAAGGGAACAUGACCGCCAUGGCUUUAAAUCGAAUACAAAAUUUCUACCACUCUCAAUAUCUUUAAAUUGUAAUUAUGUUACAAAUAAAUAGUAAAUUAUGUUACUUAUGUACUCUUCAAUAAUUUUAUAAAAACAUAAAGUUAUAAACAACGCAAGGCCGUUACUCAUGAAGUUUUUUGCACUGGUUUCAUGACGUCAGUGAGUAUGAAAAUUGACCUUAAAAUUCAUCUCUUAAGGGACUAAAUUCCAACGGGCACACCGCUAGGACGUUUAUAAAAGCCAUUUAAAAUCUAAGAAUUAUACCAACUAUGCGUAUAUUUUAUAGGGCAAACUUUUUAUACCCUUUAAAAACCUAUAGAAAGAUUAUGUAUUAGCCAAGACAGGAACUUUUCAUUCCAAAUGUUUAGAGUGGAGCGUUUUCAACGUAUUCAAAUAUUCAGGGGCCGUCGCAUGUGGCGAGCGACAAGUCGGUCAAAUGCUUAGCUCGCCUCUAUUUCGGUUAUAUUUUGCCAUUACAUUAAUUAAUUUAUCGUUGUGUUUGUAUUUUACAUUAUGUAUUUUGAUACAUUUUAGUUCUAUUGUCAUUAAAUAGAAAUGUAAAUUUGUCGAUAUAUAUCAUAUAUAUGUAGCUUUGUUAGUACAUGUACAUCACUUUAUUACAACAUAGCUUAACUAAAAAAUUAAUUUUAUAUUAUAAACUACGCCUAUUUCAAUUAGGAAACUUUGUUAUAAUAUCGAUUAGACCACCAACGGACGACGCGCUGCCCCUAAUAUUAAAUUAAGGGAAAGGUAUUAAAUAAAUAUUAAUGGAUCGCAAUCAGACAAAUUGUAUUAGAAACUCAGGUGGAAACAUGCAAACAUAAAGCGCAAGAAGAGCCAACUCCAUUUGCCAAUGAAAAGCAAACAUCGGUAAACCACAUUUGAUCAAACCAAUCCGAACUUACCUUGCCGAGCUUGCAUAAUUUAAUUGAAUCAUGAACAUCUUAGGUAUCUACCUAUAUAAAGCUACUUGAUAGUUGCUUGACGCUUCCAAUUUGCCUGCAAACGAACUAAUGUACAGAUCAAAUUUAAAUUUAAUGCCUAUAUAGAAAUUUAAAUAAAAUAUUUUGGAAUUGUAGGUUGUUGUUUAUUUCCGUGGAGCAUAUUUUUAAAAGUUCUUUAAAGUGGCAAAGUUUCCUAGAAGAGAAAUUCUAUAUAAAAAAUAUCACAUUAAUAUAAAUAUUAUGUUGCGGUAUUCUGUCCUACCGCACUGCCAUUUUAAGAAUAAUAGUGCUAAUACGAAUAAAUACGUAAAGCGUUUAUCCAGCUCUUCUCCCAUUAAAAAAUACGAUGUCAAAAUAUAAUAGAGUACCCUAGUCUGCCAUGUUGGAUUUUGUAAAUUAUUUUAUAUGUAACAGAAAAUAAUACGAAAAAUAUAAUAUUCUGUGAAAUAAGCAUCAAAAUUUAUCAAAAAAUGAUGCAGUCAUUCCUAUUUGUAAUGUUGUGAUGCACGCAUUAUGGCCAGUGACACUCAGUGACGUCACAGUUUGCUUUUUUUGUUAUUUCUCAGCUACCCCUUCCAUCAAAUUUUAAAGCUUUAUAUUUACCUUAUUUAUUAUUGCGUGGGUUUUGAAACUACUUGUUACGUUCGAUUUUGGAUGACAUAGAUUUUUGAUAAAUAUAUGUAAAAAAGUAAUCUACUACCCUAUUGUAUAUGUUUUUUUAGUAUGUACAAUAAGGUGUAUACUAAAAAACAUAUAAUAUACCUUGACGUACUAUUUUCAAUUUUGAAAUAAAAUCUUUUUUGUUUUUUGGUGAGGUCUGACACCAAUCGUCGGGUAAUUUUUAUCUUGCAGUUUGAAAAAAAAUUAUUUUAUCAGAAAAUAACAAGUUUAUAGUUUGACCAAAUAAAAUAUAUGUAAACGAUACCCGACGUUGUUCACGAUUUAUAUGCGACGUCGGAAUAAUAUAAUCUCAAUAUUCUGAAUUCUGAUACAAUGUGAAUAAAGUUCGUGUUUUAUUUAUA